AUGCAAAAGAAGAAGUCAUCACAUCCAGCAAUUUCACUGAUAUCUGGUGGUACCGCCGGUCUUUUCGAAGCAUUAUGUUGUCAUCCAUUGGAUACAAUUAAAGUUCGUAUGCAAAUUUAUAGGAGAACUGCUACCUUCAAACCACCUGGAUUCUUAAAGACCGGUGUCUCGAUCUUCAGCAAUGAAGGUUUCAUAGCACUUUACAGAGGUCUUGGUGCUGUUGUUAUUGGUAUUAUCCCAAAGAUGGCUAUUAGAUUCUCAUCUUAUGAAUACUACAGAGGUCUUUUAGCCAACAGGGAGACUGGUAGAGUUUCUACCGCGAACACUUUUAUUGCAGGUCUUGGUGCUGGUGUCACAGAAGCUGUUAUGGUUGUCAAUCCAAUGGAAGUCGUCAAGAUUAGACUACAGUCCCAACACUUGAAACCACAAGAUCCAAAUACUCCAGCUAAAUACAGAAACGCCGUUCAAGCAUGCUAUACCAUUGUUAAGGAGGAAGGUUUACCAGCCUUGUACAGAGGUGUCUCCCUAACCGCUGCAAGACAGGCGACAAACCAAGGUGCCAAUUUCACGGCUUAUUCAAAGAUGAGAGAAGCUCUACAAAGAUGGCACGGAUCUGACACUGUUCCUAACUGGCAAACUUCUUGUAUCGGGUUGGUCUCUGGUGCUAUUGGACCAUUCUUUAAUGCUCCUCUAGAUACCAUCAAGACUAGAUUGCAAAAAGAAGGUGGUAACGUCUCCAAAUCUGGUUGGAAGAGAAUCUCUGAAAUCGGUGUCCAAUUGAUCAGGGAAGAAGGUGUCCGCGCCCUAUAUAAAGGUAUCACGCCAAGAGUUAUGAGAGUGGCACCUGGCCAAGCUGUCACUUUCACAGUCUACGAAUUUGUAAGGAGACAUUUGGAAGGAUCAGGGAUUUUCAAGAAAUCUGAAAAGCCAAAGGAUUCUAAAUUAAAUUGA